GUUACGCGAGUCAGCUGGUCGAAUAAAACUCCCUGACAAGAGGGACGGAUCAGCCAGUCGCACAGCUCACCGAUUGCCGCUACUUGGAAUACAUAUCGCCGAACGGAAAGGAUCGGGACAGCACUGACUAGCAGGUGCGCUAACAAUCACCAACUGAAGAUUGAAUUUUUUUACGUCUGUGGCAAAAAUCUCCGGUUCAAAGUUCAACAUAAUCUACAAAACAAUGUCGUCAUCGCGACUGACAACUCUGCAAGUUCACGAACGAUUCAAACAAAACUACAACACUUUGUAUUCAAAGAUGAUCCCGAAGGAAGAUCUUUUUGACGACAGUUUGACAAACUUACAAUGGCUUCAAAAUCUAAACGUGAACAUUGCCAACCCAGUGCCCCCAGCUCCAAUGGGAAACAGUCCAGAUGGGACCAAGCGGGUCAACAUGGCGUACCGUAAAAUCAGGGGCGGAGACAUUGGAAUAAAUAGAUAUAAACCAAGGACUGGCGAUGUCGCUCAAGCGCAUAACUUGGAUUCGCCCGUCAAAGGCGAUCCCGGUAGUCAAAGCAUGGAAAGACAAAACGCUCAGAGAUUGGAAUCUCGUCUACUAAAUGGGAAUAGUAAAUCAAAAUCUAAAAACAGUAAAAAGAAUCCUUUGCCUCCGUUGAUCCCACAAAGUCGGACCCCACUGCCUAGCCAGUAUAGAUCCCGUGUCGGGCCCCAACGUGACUCCCAAAAAGACUCUCUACCGCGUCUAAGCGGAAGCAACGACAGCUUAAAACUCAACACAAAACUUUGCGAGAACGCAAUCACGUUAACUGCUUCACCGGAGUUAGCAUUACUGUCCGACACCAGGAAUCAGUACGUCUUAUCCCCGCGCCAAAUGGAUCGAGAUUUGCUACCAGGACAAGUAGAUUACAAAAACAAUCCGUAUGUCAAACCCCCUUUCUCACAUUUAGCCUUGAUCUGUAUGGCUCUGCGACGAAAUCGAGACAAGAAGAUGACAGUCCAGAAGAUAUGCGAAUGGAUUAAAAAUAACUUCAUUUACUACAGAUGUGUCGGACCAGAUUGGCAGAAUUCCAUCCGAGACAACUUGGUACGCCACAAGUGUUUUGAACGGGUCGGACGCAAAAAUGAUGCCGCGGGGAAGGCUGGAUUCUGGCGAAUCGAUGCAAAGUAUGAAGAAAAGUUUUCCAGUGGAAUGCUUAGAAAAAGAAGACUGGCUUCUGCCGGAGAAGUGAAAGGACAGCCAUCGUCUGCGUCGGAUAAAUCUUCCAGUCGAGGUUGCAGCCCUUCAAUUGAACAAUGCUGCGACUACGAUUUCCUUCGCCCAGAAGAUUUCGCUGACGGAGAUAUAUCAGGAGACGAAUUUCUCGACGGCGAAGGGUUUUCUGGAAGCAAAAAGACUUCUUCGGCCGGUUCCUCAAACAAAGGUUCGGCGGGACAAAAGAGAAAACAGGCUACGCCACAGAAAAUUGCAAAAAGCAAGAAAAGUAAACAACAACAGCAACAACAACAACAAUUACAACAACCUAAAGCCGAAAAAAUCAAUUUAUUCGAAGACCAAGCACCGGAGCUUGGUUAUCUCAAAGGCGAAUUCACUUUUACUAGUAUUCUAGAGGAGAUGCGACUCAACGGUAGCCAUUGCGGUAGCUCUGUGAAUUCAUCCUUAUCUCUACCCAACACCCCAAACCUCGCCGCUUCCCGCAAAAGCAGAGGAAACGCGCCAACUUCCGCCACAAUGACCAGUAACGAAAGCCUUUUCACUGAUGUCAUGCUCCCGAUUGACCCGAGCUUGUUGCUGACAUCAAGUGGUGGAAGCGUGCAUAUUCCUAAUUCCUCUCCUCUGAAUCUCGACAUGGACACGGUUCCACAUGACCUGAUUGACGAUUUUUUCAAUACAGAUAAACACGCCAGGGCUUCGAUCGAGUCUUUGGGUCGAAGGCGUGGCACCGCCCUCAACACACCCACAUUUGAACUAGAUCCUAACGACGAUUUUGACAUUGGAAUUUCAAAAAGCGUUGAAGCGCUUGACCUUACGGUUACCGGAAGUAAAAUUGAACCUCCGGAUGGGUGGAUUCCUGACCCUACCACCUUAGACUUAGUACUCGGUGAAAAGCAAGACAAUUUUGGACUAACGGAGCUUGAUUUGGGUGUUGGCGCUUACGAUUUCUCCGAUUUUUGCGACAUUAAUGACGAGAAUUCACCGCGCGGCAAAAAGAAGAAAGGGCGUAGACGGCCUGGUUCAGCGUCCUCGGGCACCGGAUCUACUAACACGUCCCCAAGACGCCCUGCGAACCACUUGUCAAUGCCGCCUCAAUUGAAAACCUCCUCGCGGGCUUCUUCUCACACAUGGCAAGAAACCAAAACUGCCACCGAUACUAUACAGUCCAUUUUAGGAACGGAAUUUGAUGAUCUAUUAUAAUAUAGUUAUAUGUUUCAGAAUUUAAAAAUUUCGAAUUGCCCAUUCUGCACUUUUAAAUAUAUAUAUUAAAGGAAAAAAAUCGAAUUGAGUAACAGUUAGUUACAGUGUUUUAUUUCCACUACCACACCCCAGUAAUUCAGGUUUUCAAGCCCAAACGUGUCGGUGUUUUGUUUAGCACAGAGGUAAAUCAAAGUUGUCUGCCUUUAUUAUAUUACUGAUAAAAUUUAGUUAAUGUUCUGCGCUUUUUUAUAGUAUCCCUUACUCCGAAUCAUGACAUCUUCGUUAACUGUGGGCCAUAUGUAUCCAAGCCCGAAUGAUUCCAUUUAUCAAUGUUUCAAACAUGAACAAUAUAACUUUGCAAAUAUAUAUUUGUUCGUUUCACAACUGAAUAACUAUGGAAGUUAGUUAAUAUAACAGAAGAGUAGUUGUAGUAUACAUCUACGUAGUUUAAUAUCCCACGUCAUCUUAAACCACCUUAUCGAGGUCUUCAAACCAAAUGUACGAAACUCAAAAAACUUGUUUUGUUGAAAUCAGGAAAACGUAUAUUUUUGAUUAUUGAAAUACUUUGGUGAUUACCGCUUGAAACUUUGAUCAGAAAACCGGUUCAAAAAGCGCUUAUUCCCUUGUUAUUUUUUCGAACGAAUUAUUCGCCCUCUUGUCUUGA